CGGGGCCGGAUGCAAACGAGGUGCCUGCAGGGUGGCAGCGUUUAACUAGAUGCAACUUUCAUCUUUCCCUAUCCCAAUUCUCAUCAGAAACAAGCAGGAUCGUCUGAAAGAGGGAUUUUGAUCCCUGGGUGUCUCUGCCCACUGAUAACCGGGAGAGGAGCGGGAUGAGGACAGAGACUCUCCCGUGCCUCAGCUGGAAGCAACAACUUUCAUGACUCGGGAAGAAUGCGGAGGUACCAUUUCCGGGGCAAGAUGAAGGCUUGGCUGGUCUCCGUGGUGAAUCUUGAGGUGAUAUUCUUGACAGUGCCUUAUGCAAGUUUACACAUUGAACCGAAAGAAGGUAGCGUUGCUGGGGGAGCCUGGGUCACGGUGAAUUUCGAGGGAGGGGAGGACUGGCCGUCAAGUCUGUUGUAUCCCAGUGAUGGAUCUCAGCUGGAGAUGACCCUGGUGAAUACGGAAGAGCCCGAGCUGGCUAGAGUCCCUUGUGAUGUCUUGCCCAUCUUCACAGAUUUAGCCACUGUGACCUGCCAAAUCAGGUCCCUGCCUCAAGAAGCCCCAGAGGGCUUAUAUCAUCUAGAAGUGACUUCUGGUGGGCAGGUGCUAAGCAACUGGAGUGAAGGACCAGGGGACAACUCUACUUUCAAGUUUUCCAGGACUCAAACCCCUAUGGUUCACCAAAUUAACCCACCGUCUGGAGUUCCAGGAAGCGUAAUACAAAUACGAGGCUGGAUUAUCACUGGAAAGUUGGAGACCUUGGAUUUUGGGGUCGAAUACAUUGACAGCCCUCUGACACUGGAGACCGAACUGGACACGAGGGUCACCCUCUGCUCUCUUAUCGACCGACAGACGGGCCUCCGCUAUCCCGUGCGGGAAGCUCAUGGAGUCGGGACUCUGCAGUGCCGGGUGGAAGGCAACUAUAUCGGCUCCCAGAAUGUUAGCUUCUCCGUGUUCAACAGGGGAAAAUCAUCCGUUCACAAGGAUGCGUGGCGGAUCAGUGCCAAGCAGGACCUCUUCCUGUAUCAAACACACUCAGAAAUACGGUCUGUGUUUCCUGAAUCCGGCAGCCUCGGGGGAGGAACGGACAUCACUAUUGCCGGAGACUUCUUUGAUCGCCUGGCCCAGGUUGACGUAGCAGGUGUCCCGUGCCACAUCCGAUACGUUUCUCCCCGGACGAUCAAGUGCACCACUGGGCCGGUGGCGGAGGGGACGAGGCUCCCGGGCCUUCACCCAGGUAACCGCGGGCUUCUUUUCGAAGUUGGGGAUGUUCCCGAGGGUUCGGAUGGAACGGAGGCCAAGCCUCCCGACGAGUGGCAGGUUGUUCCCAGUGCCAGCUCGCCCCUGGGAUUCGGGUCGGCGGAAGGGCAACGCUUCAGGGCUCUGCUCCGUGGCUUCUUUGUGGCUCCAGAGACAAAUAAUUACACAUUCUGGAUCCAGGCAGAUAAUAAGGCCUCUUUGUAUUUCAGCCAUUCACAAGACCCAAGAACAAAGGUGAAAGUGGCCUCAAUUCCAGCAGGCACCGCUGAUUGGUUUGACUCCUGGGAGAGAAAUGGAGAUGAAGAGGCCUGGCAACCCAAGUCCCAGAAGUUGGAGCUGACUGGGGGGCGGCGAUACUACCUGGAGGCAGUACAUCAUGGGAUGUCUCCCGGCCAGGGGAUGAGAAUUGGGGUGCAGAUCCACAACACCUGGCUGACCCCCAAGGUGGUCAACACCUACCUCCGAGAGAAGCACCAGAUCCGAGCCAGCGCGGUCCAGCUUCCAGAGAUCCAGAUGCUGACUUUGUCUGGCCCUGGAGACUUCCGCCUCUCCUGGGGCCAUGCGGCUAGCCAGCCGGUGCCUGCCAAUGCCACUGCCCAUCAGAUCCAAGAGGCAAUAGAGGAGAUGCUGGCGGUGAAGUGUGAGUUGAAACCUCAGCACGCCAGGGUUCUCCUCCGGUUUGGAUUCGAGCAAGGCGUGGCCCAUUCCGGCUCUGAUGGGACACUCACUAGUGGGACAGAGCCCUUCUGUGGAAGGUUCAGCGUCGGUCAGCCCCAAAUCCUUCUCAGACUAUCUCCGUCCUCAGGGACGAAAUACCAGCUCCGUCAAUAUCCCCAUCUGUGCUUUGCCUAUAAAGGCGCCAUGACCAACGUCCUGAAUAUAAGCGUGACCUUCACAAAUAUCUUUCUGGAAACCGUGAGCAAGAACCUAACCUGUCCGUGGGACCUCAGGCAGACCCGGCUUGACAGCUGGAGGUUUUCCUGCAGCAACCUGUGGGACUCCUGUGUGGACCCUGCCUGCAGCCGCUUCCUCCCGCCCCGCCUGACCAACACGCCCGUAUGGGUACAUCAGAUCGACUUGCUUCCUCCAGGACCGGAGAAUGGCAACCCGGGCCCGUUCUUUGUUGAUGAAGUUAUAGUUUCGGACCAAAACUUGACAGUAUCUCAAGCAGAUUCCCGAGCCAGCCUUCCCGGUGGGAAUCUCAUUGAAUCCCUCUCAGUAGAGGGAUCUCCUCCCACCUACAAAGUGAGCUUGUGGCCGGCCAGCUGUGGGAGCGAUCUUCCCCUCAUCAGGCCGAGGUUUCUGCCCUCUGAAGGAAGAUCUGAAGACCAAUUCUCAGUCAAUCUGUCCUCCCAGAGACUGCAGAGGCCAAGCCCGCCCCUCGGGGGAGUCUUCCAAAUCCAGCUGCCGCACACCCUGAUUUCAGGUGUCCCAGUGCACAUCUCUUCUGCUGAUCUCCGUGAACUGCUACAGAACAGUGCAGAUGACUUCUCCGCUCAGUACCUUAAAGCCAGUGAUUUCACCGUGAUAAAGGACUUAAGCUCCUGUUACCGGCAUGUGUGGACCCUCACCUGGAUGGUCAAGACUGGGGACCUGCCCAACCUCAUUAAGGUCUCCGCUGAGAGUCUCACAGGCCUGAGCCCAGCUGUGACCGCAAGGCUGGUUUAUGAUGGAGGCGUUUUUCUUGGACCCAUUCUUGGAGACAUGCUCGCCACAGCUCACCCGCUGCCCCAGGUGGUGGUGGGGGUGAAUGACAUCCCAGCCCACUGUGCUGGUUCCUGUUCUUUCCAGUACCUCGGGGAAUCCACGCCACGCGUCAGCACUGUGGAAUACCAGCUUGAGGAUGGAUUUCACCUCACGGCAUUUAUCACCGGAUCGGGCUUCCCCGCCGUCAGGCAGGAUGUGCAGGUAUCGGUGAGCGAGAGGAACUGCGCCGUCACGUCGGCCAACCAAUCUCACGUCACCUGCCGGAUGGAAGCCCUGCCGGUCGGAGAGCAUCGGGUCCAGGUGCGAGUGAAGCCUACCGGCUUGGCGAUCCAUGCCAGAGGCGGGGACGCCAUCUACCUGAGCGUCAAACCCAGGCUGAGCGCUGUGGAACCCUCUUCGAGCUCAGAAAUCGGGGGCCGCUGGGUCACUCUCGGAGGUACCAGUUUGGAAGGAGUCAGCCUGAUACUGGUUGGGUCUCAGCCUUGUCCCAUCAGGAACACAACCAUCAGCUCAUUGAGCAUCCAGUGCAGACUUCCUCCUCGGGGGGAUGACGGACCCACCGUGAAUGUGACCAUCAUCAGUGGGAACCAGUCUGCUGUUCUCCCAGACGCCGUGACGUAUUCCCUGUCCUUAAAUCCAAUUGUCUUGUCUCUAAGCAGGAACGGAAGCAACACAGCAGGAGACCAGACCCUCUUUAUCAGGACCAGUUCACUGGAAGAGUAUACGGACUUGGAUGUCCAAGUCCAUGUCGGAGGAGACCCGGCCUGGGUCCGAGAGCAAGUGCCCGAAGGAUUCUAUGUGACGCUGCCCCCCCUGCCUUUGGGAUGGCACCCCAUUUCAGUUACGAUGAAUGGAAUCCGCAUCGGCUCGGACGGGAUUGAUCUGCAAAUCCAAUACCUCUUGGAAGUCUUCAGUAUCGACCCCUGCUGUGGCUCGCUUUUAGGCGGAACCACCCUUACUCUUUCUGGACUGGGGUUCAGCGAAGACCCAGCCUUGAUUUCCGUAUCCGUGAGCUCCCAGGCCUGUGAUAUCCUGCAGUCAACUGAGGAUACCAUCUGGUGCCAGGUGCCACCAGCCUUUCCCAUGGCUAGUUUGGAUUCCCAAACUGUUCCCGCCCCCGUGGAGGUGCGGAUUGGCAAACAGUCCAUCGCCCAUGGUGCCCCUUCACUCGCGGGGCAGUCAAACCUGACCUUUUGGUAUCAAGCAAAUUUAACUCCCUUAGUCACAGCUCUGCAAGGGGAGACGGUGGAUGGCCGUUUGAGGUUGCGUGUGGAAGGGACUCAUUUAUCCUCCUCAGAGGCCAUGCUCGGCGAUGUGACAUGUGACCUGGAGCUGCGGGUCACCAACGGCACCGAGUCUCUGGCCGAGUGCUCCUUGCCCUUGGGCAGCUUGGAAGCUGGGACGUAUCCCUUCCGGGUUCUCCAGAAGCAGAUGGGAUUUGCCAAUAUGUCGGCUGGGUUGCAGAACUUCACGGUGGCACCUCAAAUCACUGGCGUCUUGCCCGGUCAGGGUUCCAUCUGUGGCGGGACUCUGCUGACCGUGAAGGGCUCGGCAUUCCGGUCCAGAAGCAAGGAGGUGGAAGUUGAUCUCCCUGGGCCUUACACUUGUGAGCUCCGGAGUUUGGGAGAUAGGGAAAUCAGUUGCCUGGUCCUUCCGGGGGACGGCUCCUCUUCUGUGGCGUCUCAAGUGCUGAAUGUUACGGUCACGGUCAACGGGAUAGCAAGUGCAUGCCUUGAAAGCUGUUCCCUUCAACUGGUGGAAGACGCAACCCCCACAGUGGACGCUUUGACCCUCAGGGAUGAUGGGAGGCUGACCAAAUUGUUGAUCAGGGGUCAGAGGCUGGCCAGGGGGAGCAACGAACUGACGGUUGUGGUCGAUGACCAACUUCCCUGUCCCGUCACUUUCUUUAAUGAAACUGGGCUGGUGGAGUGCCAGGUGAUUGACAUCUCCCCUGGUCACCAUCACCUGUCGGUCUUCAAUGAGAGAAAUGGGCGAGCUUGCAUGGCCAGUGGAACCAGUGGGUUCAGCAUCACUCCAAGGGUUCUCCGUUUCUUCCCCCCGAGCUUUGGAGUCUGGGGUGGGGGGCUUCUGACCCUACAGGGUGCAGCUCUGCAGGGUCAGAACACUACCAUGGUCCUAGUGGGGGAGGAACCCUGCCUCCCACUGGAUGUCGGUUCUGGGCUUAUUCGAUGCGUCCUUCCCGCGGGGAACGGUAGCGUUCCUCUAAAGCUAGAAAUCGACGGCGUCGCCUAUCCCACGGGGGCGAUUGAUUACGAGGAAGCCUCCACGCCAGUGUUGCUUUUCGCGUCUCCACCAGAGGAUCUCAUCCUCUCCAUCGGGGUGGCUCAGAUCUCUGCCGUCGAGAACAUGCGGAUUCUCAUUGGGGAGUCACCCUGCCUGGGCGUCAACGGCAACUGGACCGUUCUACGGUGCUUGGUUCCAUCUCUUCCUGCAGGGGAAUAUCAGGUCAGAGGUCAUGACCUCCUCAGAGGUUGGGCCUCUUCCACUCUGACUUAUGUAUCUGAAGUUACCGUUGCAUCGAUAUCCAGCAAUUUUGGUCGUCACUUGGCAUACAAUCCUGGGUUCCUGUCCAGAGGUUGCCUGGGCGGAGGGAUGGUGCACGUGCGCGGAGCUGGCUUUUCUCCAGGAAACAUUUCGGCUGCAGUCUGUGGUGUCCCCUGCACCGUUUCAGACAACGCAACCACCACGGACUUCAGCUGCCAGGUCCGGCCUCUGAACGCUUCCUUGGCCUUCCUGUGCAGCCUGAGAUCCUUGGAGAUGAUCUGUGAAGCCUCCAGCCAUCCCGCCGUCCAGUGUGAAGUGACCAUCGGGCCCGGGACAGGCAAGCCCUUGGCAGCGGGGAGCUACAUCUACCUGUGCAAAGACGGCCCGGCCUGUCCCAUCACCCUCGGUGGCCGGACACACCCAGCCCAGUGGUUCUCUGGCCUUCUCAUCAGCCCUAAAGUGGAAAGAGAUGAAGUUCUCAUCUAUAAUAGCUCCUGUAACAUUACCAUGGAAACUGAGGCAGAGAUGAAGUGUGAGGGUCCUAAUCAACCAAUUACCGCCAAGAUUACUGAGAUACAGAAACAGCCGGGCCAGAACACUCAGGGCAACUUUCCCCUUCAGUUCUGCCACGGGUGGUCCUGGGAUCACAGCUGGCUCCCCGAAGGAAGGCCACGAGAUGGCGACAAUGUCACAGUGGAGAGCGGCCACUCGUUGCUGUUGGACACCAACACCAGUAUCCUCGCCUCCCUGCAUGUCAAAGGCGGCAAGCUGAUUUUUGUUGGCCCAGGACCCAUCAAACUCCGUGCCCACCACAUUCUGGUGACUGAUGGUGGAGAGCUCCGGAUAGGAUCCCCAGAAGAGCCUUUUCCUGGCACAGCUCAGAUCCAACUCUACGGGAGUUCUCAUUCCAACACCUUCUUUCCAUAUGGAGCCAAAUUCCUGGCAGUGAGGAACGGGACGCUCUCCCUGCAUGGUCGAGUGCCAAGAGUGAGCAUCACUUACCUGCGGGCAGCAGCCCAGGCUAAUGACACAAAGUUAGCCUUAGAGGAGCCUGUGGACUGGCAACCGGGGGAUAAAGCCGUUGUCAGCGGACUGGGCCUGGAAGGCUCUUCUCAGCAGGAUGAGAUCAUCACCAUAGCAACCGUGCUGGAUGCAGACCUCCAUCUUCAGUCACCUCUGAGGUAUUCUCAUGGCUUCGUGGAGCAGCGGGUAGCAGGGAGACGCCUCGUCCUGAGGGCAACGGUGGCUCUACUCAGCAGAAACAUCGUAAUCCGGGGAAAUCUCACGGGAGAGAGGAUGGCUCAUCUUGGACUGUGUGCUGAAGCUGGUCUUACCAUAGAUGCCUCUCAGCCCUGCCUUUACGAGCGGAGUGAAAGGAAGCUGGGCUCCAGGGACAUGGGGGCCGUGGUCAUCGUACAGUCCUUCCAGGGAGAGCCGAGCCGCGUCCAUCUGCAGGGAGUGCAGUUCCAGCACAUGGGUCAAGCGUUUCAGAAACACCAGAGUGCGUUGACUCUGGCUGGGCCCAUGGGAGAUUCAUACAUCCGAGACUGCUCCGUGUGGGAUUCCUUCAACAGAGGCCUCAGUCUGUUGAGGACUUCAGGCCUCAGAGUGGACAGAAAUGUGUUUCACAACAUUUUAGGCCAUGGACUGCUUGUGGGGACACACAUGGAAAUGAGACACCUCUCUUGGGAGUCUGUCCCCUGGAGAGAAAAUGGAGACUGGUCAGAUCAGGGAAAUCGAAUAAGAAGCAACGCAGUGAUUGGUGUUUCAGGAACUGAAGGACUCUCCAAUGUCGAGAAGUUUUCCCCAGCGGGUGUCUACAUCCUGUCCCCAGUGAAUGUUCUAGAGGGGAACACGGUGUGCUCUGCUGGGUACGGAUAUUUCUUUCAUCUCUUGACCAAUGAGACGUCCCGAGCUCCCCUCCUGUCCUUCUCUCAGAACGUCGCACACUCUUGCACAAGGUUUGGUCUGCUUGUGUAUCCCCGGUACCAUCCUUUCCAAGUUAAUGGCAGCAGCCCAUAUCUGUUUCAGAACUUCACAACCUGGGGAAAUCAAGGUGGAAUUCAGAUUUUUAGAAGUAGCAACCUGCAACUCCAAAAUUUCCAAGUUUAUUCAUGCAAAGAUUUUGGAAUUGAUACCUUGGAAAGUGAUGAAAAUGCUUCUGUUACUGACAGUUUAUUACUUGGCCAUUUUACUCAAAAGGAGAGUUUCUGCAUGGCAUCUGGGCUGCAAGCCCCUAAAAGAUGGGAUCUGGUGGUGUCUAACACAACCUUCGUGAAUUUUGAUAGAAACAAUUGCAUAGCCAUCAGGACCUGUGCCGGCUGCUAUCGAGGACAGGGUGGAUUUACUGUGAAGGUCAAGCAGCUCAGGUUUGCAAAUUCCCCGAAUCGGGUGGCUUUUCCAUUUCCCCACGCAGCCAUGUUGGAAGACCUGGAUGGUUCUUUGUCAGGACAAGUGGGAAAUCUUGUCCUCCCAACCGUGGAGACCCUGGGAUCGUCUUGUCUGGUGAACAUAAGCUUCAGUCAGGCUGCCCAGGGCAGCGUUUGCCUUGGAGGUGUCGUCUUCCAUCGCAUGUCUAUUGGCUUAGACAAAGCUCCAGAUGUGAUGUGUGAUUUAACAGUGACGGACAGCAGCCACAGGAACACCACUGUCAAUUAUGUGCCCGACACAUUAUCCAACCUGUAUGGCUGGAUGGCUCUGUUGAAGGGGCAGGAGACCUACACCCUGCGAUUUGCCACCCCUUGUGUCAACAGAAGUCUCCAGUAUUCAGCGACAUUUGACCACUUCACCUCUGGAGAUUACCUGCUGGUCGUACACUCGGACCUGCCACCUUUCGUUGACGUCCUGGUCACCUGUGGGAAGAGGAGGGGCCGGCCCUUGCAGUCUCUCCCAACUCUCAGUCACGACAAGGGCUGUGACUGGUUUCUUAAUAGCCCAGAGAGACGUCUCACCUUUCUGGUUGCAGGGGAAGGUCAAGUCCACAUCAAGGUCCAAGUGAAGGAAAGUCUCCCUCCGACCACACUGGCUCCUUCUGCUGCACCCGAGGCGACUUUAAAAUGGUCCCUUCCCCAGUCGUGGCAAGGCGUUAAGGAAGGCUGGGGCGGAUACAACGACACCCUUCCAUCUCCUGGUGAUGACAUCUUGAUUUUACCCAACAGGACCAUCCUAGUCGAUGUGGAUCUCCCGUGUUUCAAGGGCUUCUAUGUGCUGGGCACUCUACAGUUUCCCGUAGACCGAAGCAAUGUCUUAUGUGCGGCCUGUAUUGUCAUUUUAGGAGGGGAGCUGAAAGUUGGCACUUUUCUCAGCCCCUUAGAAACCGGACAAGGAAUUUCGAUCCUUCUGCGGGCCUCGGAGGGAGUCUCCUGUGACCGCUUGGCUGGAGUUAGUACUAACCCCGGAACGAUUGGAGUUUAUGGGAAGGUAGAGCUUCACAGUGGCUACCCAAGAAAAUCCUGGACACACCUUGGAACUGAUAUUGCCCCUGGAAAUGAGAGGAUUGUAGUCGAAGAUGCCGUGGACUGGAAACCUCAAGGAAGAAUCAUCCUCAGCUCCUCCUCCUACGAAGCUCACGAAGCUGAACUCCUCACGGUCAAAGAGGUCAACGACCAGCACCUUCAAAUCCAUGAGCGCCUCACCUACCGGCACGUCGCCUUUUCCUCCCAUCCCCUUUGUCUUGCUCCAGGAAGUUCCCACAUCUUGGAGGAUGGCAGGUCUAUUUCCCUGGCUGCUGAGGUUGGCCUUUUGACCCGAAAUAUACAGAUCCGGUCUGACACACCAUGCACUGGGACCUUGACUGUGGGAUCCGUUCAGCUCCCCAGCGGAGAAGAAUUUUCAGGUGUCCUUCAGCUUUCAAAUGUGGAGAUUCAGAAGUUUGGCUCUCCACAGCAUCCGACCAUUGACUUCUCCAUAGUCUCCCCGGGAUCCUGGAUCCACUCUUCUGUGAUUCACCAGAGCUGUGGGGGUGGCAUUCGAGCCACCAAGAGCCGUGGCAUCUCACUUCACGACAACAUUGUGUUCAACACGGCAGGCCACGGCAUCGAUUUGGAAGGCGACGACCAUUCUCUCACCAGGAACCUGGUGGUUCUGACAAAACAACCAGCAGGGUGCCCUGACUGGGUGGCAGGAAUCAAAGUGAACAGGGCGAAUGGCACCUCCCUCCUCAGGAAUGCUGUGGCCGGGUCCGAGAGAAUUGGGUUUCACAUCCAGGGUCACAAGUGCUCCCCGACAGAGAGCCUUGGGGCCGACAACGUGGCCCAUUCAAAUCUGCAUGGCUUCCAUUUGUAUAAGGGAGAUGGCUUUCACGAUUGUACCAAGAUCUCCGGCUUUCUGUCCUACAAAAACUUUGACUACGGGGUCAUGUUCCACCUGGAAAGUGCCGUGGAGGUGGAGAAUGUGACUCUGAUAGACAAUGGUGUUGCUCUUCUGCCCGUGGCGUAUGGGUCCCCUGCUCGGGCCCCGGCUUUGCGGAAGCAGCGGAUCAUCGUGAGGAGUUCCGUCAUCGUGGCCACCAGCUCCUCCUUCGACUGCAUCCGAGACCGGAUCCGACCCCUCUCGGCCAACGCGACGGUCAGGGACCGAGCUCCCUUGAAUCCUCAAGGGGGCCGGGUUGGCGUUCUGUGGCCCGGAUUCACCUCGGGACAGAACCAGCGGCCUCGCGAUCCGUGGCACAAAGUGAGGAAUGAUCCGGCCAUCGUAGGGAUCAUGAAGCUGGAAGAAGUCACCUUUUGUAACUUUGUGAAGAGUUGCUAUAGCGAUGACCUCGAUGUCUGCAUCCUGCCGAAUCCGGGUAGCACUGGCAUCAUGCAUCCAAUAACAGCGGUGAAGACUCAGAUGCUACAUGUGAAAGAUCAGAGCAAAUUUUACUUCUAUUCUUCCCCGCCUAGGGAGGACUUGGGAUCUGAGGACUGUCUGAAAUGGGGCUGUGAAAGCCCAAGAAAAUUUCUCUUCGAGGACCUGGAUGGGAGUGCUCUGAGAUUGCCUCCACCUGUUUCUGUUUUCCCCAAGUCAGAGUCUGAGUGGACCGAUUCCUGCUUCAACACAGGUACUUUUAGAGAAGACAGAAAGUGCAGCUUCAGGCCAGGCAUGGGAAGCUAUGUAUGCAAACAGACUGACUAUGCAAUCCUGGUCUUAGACAAGUUGGAGAUAUCUGAAGAGAACAAGGAACCACCUUCGGUGGUUUCAGUAACUGAGAGUUUCGUGGAAGCUUUCAGCAGCGUUGAUGUUCAAAACUCCUGUUCUGAACCUGGGCCCACGCCAGCUUUCUAUUCCAUUUUGCCAACCAGUCAUCCUACCACCGUCUGCUUUGGCGGUAAGACUCCUCCGGUGAUGCGGCUUUACCUCACUGGGAGUGAAAGAGCCGCCAGGGUGGUCCUGUCAGUGUUUUACGAUGAGCCCCAGAGCCCCCGGGUUUUCUAUCAAGAAAGCUUCAUCCCACCCUCUCCAGUUGGGUCAGCUUCUUUCCUGACCCUGGGAACCGUAGGCUCCAAUUACUUUAGCUUUCAGGACAACCUUCUUUAUAUCAUCCUCGAAGGGGAUGAUCCUGUGGAAGUGUGCUCUGGUUCUUCCGUCUACGUGGCCUUCACCGUGGCAGAAGUGAUCAGCCAGGAGAUCCACGUUCUGGUGGUCCAGCAACAGUUGGCCGAUUUCUUACAGGUCAGCUGCGACCACCUCAGGGUGGUGUAUUCCAUGCCCGGUGACGAAGACAACUUAAGGGGCAUAGCUGACAACGUGGCCAAGAGAAAACGUCACUGCCCCCCCGUAGCGUCUUGCCCUGGAUAUCAGAAGAGGACCAGCAAGCGGAGGAGCCUUGAAGAGAAGGCAGUGGACUGGAUGUGGCCCUCACAUUUCGAAACUGCGACCUCCUCCACAGUCAUGAUUAUUGAAAUUGGUGAUCCACCUGCUCAAGGAAGAACUGAGUCAUCUCCGUCCCUCUCAAGGCCUAUGUUACAGGGUUUUACCCACCAGAUUAUCACAGCUCAACAGACUGGGAUGUUGCAGAAAGCUCUGGAUAUGCCUGUCGAGGCUUUACUGGUGACACAGCCGACUGGAACGAUUGGAUCUGGAAAUGCGAGCCUUAAUACUGGAAACUUGGUCUAUGUACAGCCUCACACCCUUUCUGUCCAGACCCAACCAUCCAACGGAGAAGUCGGGAAAGAGCUUCCAGUGCAACCACAUCUAGUUAUUUUGGAUAAGAAGGGUCGAAGGGUAGAAAUCUUAGGUCCUCCCUGGGAGCCUUGGAUUGUGCAAGCUUCUCUUGAAGGAGCACCGGAAAUGAUGCUACAAGGAUGCCCCCGAUUGGAAGUUCAAGAUGGAUGGGUGCGAUUCACCAAUCUGGCAGUCUUGAAUUCUGGGUCAAACUGGCACUUGGUUUUCAAUGUGGUAUUCCCUCCAGGUGCCAACUUGACAGCCAGAUCCAGACCAUUUGUGGUCUUGCCCGUGGAAGAGGGGCACACUUCUACCAUCAUCAUGGCUACUAUUCUGUGUUCAGCUGCCUCUUGGAUUGCUCUGUGCUUUCUUGUGUUCUGCUGGUCCAAGAAAAGCCAAACCAAAAAACCAAAGAAUGGACAGAUUGCUGAACUUCAGAGUGGUGGCAAUAUGGAGCAUCCCCACCUCCAACCCAGGCAUCCCACCCGACUCCAGAGGCCCCAGGAAAGAACUAGACAAGACCAUGGGAUGAUCAGAGAAGAUAUAGAAAUGAAGACCACUGUUGGGAAGCUGGAUCAAUUUUGCCAACCAACUGUGAAUGGAGGAUCGAGGCGGACGUCCAACCGUGUUGUCCAUGAGAGAGCGGACAAAAGAAAAGCAGGUUCUCCAGGCAUGGAGGAUCUCGCUCCGGGACCUGGCUAUGGACCUGUUCCCCCCUUGCAUCCUCUGGCCCCCCAGGGAGGCGGCGAGGUCGGGGAUUGGCGGGAUGCCCGAGAGCGAUCCUUUGGGUACGACCUGGAAGACGUGGCGCAGAAAGAUCUGCUCCUGCUGCUGCACCCAAACUUUAGUCAAGACAGGAUGCCGCUGCGGGGUCAGCGGUCAGCAGGCAAGUCAGAUAGCGAGGUCAGCCAUCACCGGGAUGAGAUAUGUUGUCAUGUAAACACAAAGGCCGUCCACCACAGCUCACUGCCAGCUGGACCUAUUUGGGAACAGCUUUGAGAUGCUCUUUCUGUUGUGGGAUCCGGAGAGAGAAGGACAGGCUGGUGACAAUAGCCUGCGAGGGAGGACCAGGAUUCCUGGCUUCCGUUUCCAGCUUUUCCAAAAUCAGUGUAGUUAAAGAACAUCACCCUUGCAUGCCUUCCAUCCCUGGACAUUUAACUUCCUCAAGACUGUAACCUCGUCGUGGGCAGGGAACGUGUCUGUUUACUGUUCUAUCAUAUUACUGUUCUAUUGGACCCUCUCAAGCACUUAGUACAGUGCUCUGCACACAGUUAGCACUCAAUAAACACGAUUAAAUGAGGGAAUUUAAUGCAUGAUGAAAUCUGAUGUAAUAUCUAUUCAUACUACUGGGUGUUGCUGAUUAGCCUCUCUAAUUAAUGACUGCCCUAAAACUUUGGCACAGAUGGUAAAGGUUCCUCUUGAA